AUACCUACAACACUUAUUCUUUAUUACUAUUUCCGAUAGGUAUAGUGUUAUGCCUAUUAGGAGCAUCUACCUGUUACUUGUUUGACAUACUAUUUAACAUCAAUAUUCUAAUUGUAAUUGCAGACUGACCUAAACGUCGAACAGGUCGAAGACGCUUACAAUAUCUGCACAAAAAUAUUGCAAAUAAAGGGUUCCAAAAUAUAUAUCUAAGAGGUUAAAACGUUGAAAAUGGAUAAAUGGAGAUUAUUUCUUAAAAAAAUGUCUUUAAUGGCGUGUUACACAAAUAGAAUGGUUCAAAUAAUGUGUAUUACUGUUUUUAUAAUGUUUGUGUUCCAAUUUUAUAAAUAUCUACAAGCUAGUUCUCCCAGCAGACAAAUAGAAAAUUGUAAUUGUAAUUUAAGCGACAACAGUUUAGAUACAGUAGCUUUAAGAAAUAAAGCACGAAUUCAGCGUUUAUGUAACACAUGUAAAAAUUGGGAAAAACAGAUAGAGAUAAAUUUUAAACCUAAGGCAAGUGAAUAUUUGAUCAACAAUCGAUACAAAUUGGUAUACUGCAAGAUUUUCAAGGCUGCAUCUUCAUCGUGGUUGUAUAAUUUCAAUUUGAUGGCAGGGUAUAAUACUUCAUACAUCAAUGAAUUCAUAACCGAUCCAAUGGGACUCAUUCGUAAGAAAUACUUUCGGCCGUCAUUUUUUGAACUGAAAAGGGCCAAUAGAGUCUACACUUCUUUUAUUAUAGUCAGACAUCCCUUCGAACGUCUCUUGUCGGCUUUCAAAGAUAAAUUAGAAUGUGCAAGAGAUAAUAACAAGGCCUAUCGCAGAUUGAGAUUGUUAAUAAAGAAAGGAAGACGUGGUCAAAAUCCUGGGGCUUAUUUAAGAAACUGCACCUCAGGCCCCACAUUUUUUCAGUUUAUUACUUACGUGAUACGAAUGGCUAAAAUAAACAGAUUUAACGAACACUGGGAGCCGGUUUGGUCUUUUUGCACUCCCUGCUUUUUUGAAUUUGAUGUAAUUGCUCAUGUCGAAACGUUGCAGGAAGAUGCAGAUUAUUUAAUAAAACAUGCAAAAUUAGAAGAUGUUAUUAAACCGCAGUGGAGGCACAAGAGUGCUUCGCAAACGAAAGACGAAGCAAAGAAAUACUUUUCGGAAUUAAGUCAAUCCCAAAUCAAAGAUCUUUACAAUAUCUACAGACAGGACUUCGAAAUGUUUGGUUAUAGUGUAGAUGAAUAUUUGUAUCAUCAGCGGUGAAGCUUAUUGUGGAAGCCGUCAGGACUUGUCCAUUUUAAUCUACUUUGUGAAUCAAUUAUCAUCUCUGUUUAUAUUUUAAUGUAAUA